CAAAUAUUCAAAGUUUUUAUUUGCGAUCCGGAUAAAGAAGUUAGAAAAGCAUUAGCGAAAGAACUUUAUUUCGUGUUAAAUACAAAAAGAAAUGGAAGAAUCAUUCAUAGACAAUUUAUUUAAAAUACUGAAAAGUGCAGUGAAAAAGUCUCUCCAAACUUCUGAUGCUGACCUACAGCAAUCUACUUUACAGACACUCGAAUCGGCAACCGUUUUAAUUCAAAGAGAGGCAGUUUUACAUGUUGUUUUAAUUCUCUUAUUUUUUAUUAUGGUACCAACGUCAAAAUUUCAGCUGGAUGCUAUUCAUGUUUUUAUCGAAAUAGCUAAAAAGGAGAAUAUUUCAACAAACGCUCUGUAUUCAUGUUAUAAAAGAGAAAUUUGUGAAAAAAUUGUUCAGAUCAGCGCCAUAAAUUAUGAGUUGAUCGGCUGGCAAUUUUCGACCUCGUUAGAAAAAUUAUCCCUUACAUUAGGAUUUUUCGGUUCUAACGAUUUCCUUAUUCAGGAAUGUCGUUAUUUGGUCCCUUAUAUAGUCCCACUGCUCGUAAAAAUGCCGAAUGUUAAAGUACUUUUAAACGAAAUUGCUACAGCUAACAAUGUUGGUGUUCCUGAUCUUCUAGCAUCAAAAUAUGGAAAUAUCUUUUUGAACAUAUUUUUAAAUGAACCCAGAGAUAUAUGCAAACAGUGUCUUAAUCUUAUCGAAAAAUUAACUGGAACCAGUGGAAGUUUGUUAAGGAAAAGGAACUUUCAGGUCAUUUUAAACGAACUACUUUUACACUUUAACGCAAAAAAAGAUUCUGUAUUAACAGUUUUAAAGCUAUUGGCUGAAGAAGAGUCCAGUAGCCAAAAAAUCGAUAUAAAAACGCUGCCAGAUUAUUUACAGCCACGUCUACUGGGAGUUCUAGCCUAUUUCGAUAUCAAGCUUAUUUCUAAAAAUUCCUCUAAAGAUAAAGUACUGUUAAGUCUCGCAACGCUUCUUAAAUUCAUGGGACCAAAGCAUGUAACUCCUGUUAGGUUUAAAAUAAUAGCAAUGCUAAGAACCGCGCUGAACCUGAACCAUGGUAAAUUUCCAGAAAUCAACUGCAAAAUUUGGGAAGUAUUUGUAAAAAGUUGUGAGAUUGACGCCCUAGGGCCUCAAAUUGCUCUAGUAUUCAUCUCCUUGUUACCGCUACAUACUCAUUUUCCCAAAAAGACCGAAGAAAUAUUCAAAUACUUAAUAAUUGAAAAUGAAAACGUUGUAAAAGAUUUCAUUCCGGACCUGUUUUUUGUCUUGGAGAAUAACGUGUCUGAUGAAAUAUGCUUCGUUAUUAGAAAGCAUUUACAACAGCUCGAAAACGAUUCCUUUAAGGAACAUCUGAAGUGGUUCCUGAAAUAUCUUAAUCACGAAAGCACCGAUAUAAAAGUGCACGCUUUGAAAUACUUGAAAAGACUUCUGGAGAAAAACAGAGAGGAACUGGACAGGAUGAUUUUGGGCUAUAAUGGAAUCGAUGCUGUUAUCGUAGAAUUCCUUGAUAUUUUAGUUAUAGGUUGUAAGGAUACAGAUGAAGAUUUGAAGAUGGGUUGUGGUCUAUGUAUUGGCGAACUAGGAGCAAUCGAACCCAGCCAUUUACCUAGAAUAUGUGCACAAAAAUCUCAAACCUUUACUUUCUCAAUUACCGAAGAUUCUUUUAUUGUUGACGCAUUAAAUGAAUUAAUUAGAGCCUUACAGGCAGAGAAAAAUACUCAGAAUAUGGACAGGUUUGCGCUCGCUGUUCAAGAAAUCCUAAAGAUGUUCGGCAUUUCUCCGGAACCGAACAGUACUAGACACAGGCUGUGGAAUCAAUUCCCUGAAAGUCAGCGUGAGUUGAUGUUACCUUUGUUGUCGUCACGUUAUACAAUGGCUCAAACAUUCCAAGUUCCCGAAAUUUCUCCCAUAUUCGGUUCCAGCCUUGUUACAUCUUUCCAGUCUUGGAUUCACAACUGGACGUGCGUGCUAAUUUCUGCCGUUAAACCCGAUAAACGAUCACUACUUGAAGUCUGCCUCCCAAGUCUAAAGCAAGAUAAUAGAACCCUGAUGCUUUUUUUACCCUACAUCCUGCUCCAUGCACUUCUCGAAGGUGACAAACGAUUUCACCAGAAAGUUUACGAAGAACUUAUGGUACUGCUUAAUUCGUACAAUAACAAACGAACUUUAGACGUGGAAGUAUUAGAUGUUAGGCCCUUGAGGAAUGCGUACUCAAUGCCUAAACCUCAGUCAGUGACUAGCGAGGAAGAAACGCAACAUCAAUGUGUAAAGGUGGUUUUCGUCCUGUUCGAUUUUUUGGAUAGAUGGUUACGCGAAUGGGAAUGGUCAAAGGGUUUAGCAGGUCGCGAACAUGAAAACUACAGAUGCCUAAUGACCUUUGUAUCCCGUUUUUGUAAGCUCCAGAUUUCUCGAUGUAACUACGAAUGUAGAGAAUACGCCAGAGCUCUUCUUUAUAUUGAGGAAUACAUUGUGGAUGACCCAGAUCGUUUGGCUGGAGAGUUGGGUUUCUUGGCCGAACUUUACGCUAAAUUGGAUGAACCAGAUGGUGUUGCCGGUGUUAUGGCACUACAAACUUCGGAGCCAAGUAUCGAGCAACGUAUAUUAGCGCUCGAAGUAUCGGGAAAACUGGCAGAUGCCGCAGCUUGUUACGAAAAAAUACGACCUCCACUUAAGCCUCAACAUUUACGGGGCCUUGUACAAUGUUACCUCGAUCUGGACAACGUAAACACGGCUCUCAACUUUGUUGAAGGUGCUUUAAUCAGCCAGCCGGAAUGUAGCAAUGUACUGAUGGAGAUGCAAGCAGAACCACUGUGGAGACUUGGACACUUUGAUCGACUUGACGACCUCUUACAAAAACCGCAAAUUAAGAAAAACAACAAUUGUUGGGGUAUACGUAUUGGGGAUGCACUUUUCAAUUUACGAAGUGGUAAUGCUGUAAAAUUUAGAAAAGUGAUAGACGACCUAAGGAUGACUCAGAUAGAAAACUUGGGUGCUGCCAGUCUUGAAGAAGGUGCCUACUCUCACGGUUACAAUUAUAUUGCUCAUUUACACGUUUUAAACGAAUUAGAGCAACUUGAAAGAUUAAUCAAGGACUUGCUACUUCGACAUAACGACACAAAUGCGUUAAAAAAUAUUAUUGAAAGAAUCUCAGUUGAAUGGAAACUUAGAAUGAAGAUUGUUCAAGAAUCUUUGAGGAUUCGUGAACCAAUUUUAUGCAUCCGAAGGGUUGCAUUGGAGCAAGUGAAGCACAUUGUAGCGAAAAAGGCUCCAACUGCUUGCCAGUUUUUGGACUCAUUACUUGGAGAACUUUGGCUAUUCAGCGCCAAAGCAGCUAGAGCAUCGGGGGCGCACCAACAAGCUUACACGUACACACUAAAAGCUGAAGAUUAUGAUCCACCAAAGCUCUUUAUCGAAAAAGCUAAACUACAUUGGCUACGAGAAGAACACGAAUUGGCUUUAACUACACUCAGAAGGGGAGUUGAAGAAAUCGGUCAAAAAGGUUGUUUUAGGGAAAUGGAAAAUUCUGGAGGAAGUGGUCAUUUAACCCUUGAACAAAAAAAACUGUGCGCUAAAGCAAAACUACUUAUUGCAACGUAUAAUGAUUUGUUAUCCAAUGUGGACCAGGAAGUAAACAAGCAGCACUACAAAGAAGCUAUCGAUGUAUAUUUAGAGUGGGAGAAAAGUUUGGUACAUUUGGCGCAGUAUUACGACAAAAUAUAUCAGUCGAUGAAGGAGAGCGAUUUAAACACGAACGGCGGAGACAUCCAAAUACUGAUGAUUAAUUAUUUUGGAAAAUCUUUACAAUAUGGUAACGAAUAUGUUUAUCAGUCUAUGCCACGACUUUUAAGCAUUUGGUUCGAUUAUGGAAGCAAGACUUUUAAUACGCAAGAUAAUUUCAGAGAUAAGAGAAAAGAAAAUCUACUGAAAAUGACUAAAUUGAUCGACACUUAUUUGGAACGACUUCCCGCUUACAUAUUUUUAACAGCAUUCUCGCAAAUAGUUUCCAGGAUUUGUCAUCCACAGAGAGAGGUUUAUUUUGAAGUAAAAGAAAUCAUAUUAAAAUUGCUGCUACAUUAUCCUCAACAAUGUUUAUGGAUGAUAAUUUCCGUUAUCAAGUCCAGUUAUUCCAUGAGGUCGAAACGUUGCAACGAAAUACUGAACGACAGUCGCCUAAGAACGCCAAGUUUAUCGCGACUUAUAAACGAUUUUACGAAAUUGGCAGAAAAACUUAUUGAUUUGUGUAAUAAAGAAAUCCCCGAAGACGUUAACACAACAACCGUUAGUCAACUGGUCAGAGCCCUCCCACGAUUAAUAGUGAGAGAAGACUUCAGCGAAAUAAUGAUACCCACUCAAAAACACCGGAAGUUGAUACUACCAAACCCAGAUUUCAAAUGCAGUACUCAACACAACCCUUUUCCGAACUACUAUGUUCACAUCACGGGUAUAGAGGACGAAGUCACUGUUUUAGGAAGUUUACAACGACCGAGAAAGAUAACAUUUAAGGGCUCCGACGGCAAAAGGUACGUUCAAAUGCUUAAACCGAAGGACGAUCUUCGCAAAGAUUUCCGUCUGAUGGAAUUUAACGACAUAGUUAAUCAACUGUUAUCACGUGACGCAGACUCAAGACAGCGACGUUUAAACAUACGACUGUAUUCAGUUGCCCCCCUGAACGAAGAGUGCGGUCUUAUCGAAUGGAUCCCCGAUUUGGUGGGGUUGCGACCGGUAUUGAUGAAAAUAUAUAAACAGAAAGGAACCGCCAUGAAAGCAAGGGAGCUGAAACAAGUUUACUGUCACCAAAGGGAUCCACUUGUAAAAAAGAAAGAGGUUUUUCUCAAGGUGCUUCUGCCCAACCAUCCCCCAGUAUUGGGCGAAUGGUUCAGAAAAACCUUUCCAGAUGCUCAGAGUUGGUUAACCGCGAGGACAGCUUACAUUCGAACAACGGCCGUAAUGUCCAUGGUAGGAUACAUAGUGGGAUUGGGUGAUAGACACGGUGAAAAUAUCCUUCUGGAUUCCACUUGUGGUGACGCAGUCCAUGUCGAUUUUAAUUGUCUUUUCAAUAAAGGCGAGUCUUUGGAAUGGCCUGAACGCGUGCCUUUCCGUUUGACUCAUAAUAUGAUUUCGGCAAUGGGACCAUUGGGUGUUGAGGGCAUGUUCCGAAGGUCGUGCGCAUGUACGCUGCGUGUUUUACGCUCUAAUAUUAACACCCUGAUGUCGAUAGUGACUCCGUUUGUGUACGAUCCUCUCGUUUCUUGGCCAAAGACUAUAACAGCAAAUGCUGUCACACACAAUUCAGAAAGGACCAACGAACAGGCUAGAGAUCAUAUUAAAAAUAUGGAAUUAAGAUUACAAGGAGCCGUUAAAACCAAAUCUCGUUCGACUUCGAUGUUGUUUUCCGUGGAAGGACAAACGAACAUUUUAAUAUCAGAAGCAAUGAAUGUUGACAAUUUGUGCCAAAUGUUUAUCGGUUGGGGCGCAUAUUUGUGAUUCUAGUUUAAACAGUGUAUUUGUAUUUUGUUCUAUAUUUGUUAUAAUUGAAUUUAAUA